ACGUCUAAUGGGUCCGUCGUACGCGCUGACGUCACGCCUCCAAUCCAACGUGGGUUGAAUGAUACCAGAAAGGAUAGUUGUGAAACAGGCUGUGGCUGGAUUAAACUAACCUUUUCGGCCUUCGUGCUGGGUUUACUAAAACGUGACAUCUUUUGUGCUUUGGCGACGGUCGCGGUCUGUCGGAGGGAGGAAUUUGAUCCGCCACAAGCUGAGGAAAUGUCGUCGGUCAGGGAUGAAGGUAAAGACCGAAUCAUCUUUGUAACCAAAGAGGAUCAUGCAACACCCAGCAGCGCUGAGCUUGUAGAGGAGGAUCCCAAUGACCCUUACGAGGAGCGAGGUUUGAUUCUUCCCAAUGGUGAGAUCAACUGGAACUGCCCCUGCCUCGGUGGGAUGGCCAGCGGCCCCUGUGGGACUGAAUUUAAGGACGCCUUCUCCUGCUUCCACUACAGUAAGGAGGAGGUGAAGGGCUCAGACUGCCUGGAGCAGUUCAGGGCCAUGCAGGAGUGUAUGCAGCGUUACCCUGAGCUCUACCCACAAGAAGACGAGAAGGAGAAGCAAGAGACCUCACCUGAAACUGACUCUGUCACUGCAGAAACAUCAACUCCUGACCAAACCUCUGCCCCUGUGCAAGACUCUAAUCCCACCACUCCACCAGCCCCGGACGAGCCCACGCUGCCCCCUACAGAGACCUCAGUGGAAAGCUAAUAAUGACUAUCAUCACCCUUUCAGCAGCAGUGUGAUUAACAUGUUAUUUAUGGAUGUGUUGUGUUGAUAUUUUUUUAAAAAAACUUUUUCAUGUGAAUAAUACAAAAGUGGACUGUCUUCAGUGUCACAGUACAGGCCCUUCAGUCCUGCCUUUGAGCACUGGGGAGUGUGUAAGAGCAGAUGAGUCUUGCAUAUGGUCAAGGGCUGAGAGGACCAAGUUUAAUAUACAUAUGUGUACACAUAUACAUAUGAGUAGCGUGCAGGCUCUUCCUUUGAUAAACAAUCCAUAAAAGCCCUGAACUGUACUGUACGUUUACAGUGAAAACCAUUUUUAUGCUUCAUAAUCAAAUCAUAUUUCAUUGAUUUACAUUUUUAUUCCCUCAGUCAUCUGUGAGGUGUUGUUCAUUACAGAUAGUUGCUAUAUUCACAGAAGCCUGAGGGAUGAACUGCAGCUGAGCAUACUCUGCAACUUUGUGUUGAGGACUCAAAUCCUGAAUAGUUUGUUCCCACAGUCGCCCUCUGCCCUAUGGGAUUUGAUUUCUCCUGCUAAUUUUUGACUAGGGCUCAAGACUUACCUCAACUAAACUCAACAUAUCUUGAAGACAUCUGUGGAUUUGAUUAUUAUUUGUAUGCAAAAAAGACUGAUCAAAACACCAUAACCUAAUGUGCAUAAUGUUAAAAUUUUUUAUAAUAAAUGUUAUUAUACCUCA